UGCACUCCCUGUUCGUUUUUCUUUUUUAUAUAUUGAGACUGGAGAACCGCAGCCACGAGCGAGCGCACUCGUGUCAAUAGCCAUUAGGAUGCUCUGCUCAUGCCCAUAGGCUGCGUUCGGGCCCGUUUCUUCAGUGAUCCGGAUUUAACUUACAAGCGAACCCGCUUUAUUGGGGCGGCUCCUUUGUUCUGCAGCAUCCAGCGGGAUAUCUGUGCGGUGUGACCUUGCGCUGAAUGUCCUUUGAAACGGAUUUUAAUCCCUGAACGGAAAAUUAAGACUUGAAUUGCAACAAUGGAUAUUGUAACACAUCUCAUCAACGACACAAUUGAAUUCUACAAAUGGAGCCUUACCAUUGCAGACAAGCGAGUGGAGAAAUGGCCACUGAUGGACUCUCCUCUCCCCACAUUGGCCAUCAGCUCCUCAUACCUCCUCUUCCUCUGGCUGGGGCCAAAGUUCAUGAAGAACAGGGAGCACUUUCAGCUCCGAAAGACCCUUAUUGUCUACAACUUCAGCAUGGUUAUUUUUAACCUUUUCAUCUUCAAAGAGCUCUUCCUCGCAGCACGGGCAGCAAAUUACAGCUACCUCUGCCAGACGGUGGACUACUCGGAGAACCCUAAUGAAGUCAGGAUGGCAGCUGCCCUGUGGUGGUACUUUAUCUCAAAGGGAGUAGAGUACCUAGACACAGUGUUCUUCAUCCUACGUAAGAAGUUCAAUCACGUCAGCUUCCUGCACGUUUAUCACCACUGUACCAUGUUCACCCUGUGGUGGAUUGGCAUCAAGUGGGUGGCAGGGGGACAGUCAUUCUUUGGUGCUCAUAUGAAUGCAGCUAUCCAUGUCCUCAUGUAUCUCUAUUAUGGGCUGGCUGCCUGUGGGCCAAAGAUCCAGAAAUACUUGUGGUGGAAGAAGUACCUGACAAUUAUCCAAAUGAUCCAGUUCCAUGUUACCAUUGGCCACACUGCUCUGUCCCUCUAUACUGAUUGCCCCUUCCCUAAGUGGAUGCACUGGUGUCUGAUUGGCUAUGCCCUCACCUUCAUCGUCCUUUUCGGAAACUUCUACUAUCAGACCUACCGACGCCAGCCCCGUCGUGAAGGUCCACCCAAGGCAGGCAAAGCUGUGUCUAACGGGGCUCCUAAUGGCGCGCUGGCGGCCAGUAAUGGAGUCACUGGCAAGAUGGCAGAGAAGCCAGCGGCGGCAGAAAAUGGAAGGAGGAAGAGAAAGGGCAGGGCGAAGCGUGACUAGAGCAGGGAGGGGACGAGGGGCAGGAACAGGCAGGAUUCCAUACAGACGCUGCCAAGACCACAGACUAAAUAGCUGAUGGAAGUGAAAGGACAUUGGCUGCCUGUUUUGAGAGAGCUGUAAGAUUUACAGCUCAGUGUAGGAGGUGUUUUUUCACCACCAGGCCUGGUGGAUCAAAUUAGAAAUAUCUGAUAAGAACAAAUUGUAUUCCCUCUCCUUACAGCUGAGUGUUUUCGCUGAUUAUGUGCAUAAGCAUCACUGUAAGGAGAAUUGAUCUACUUACGCUGUGCCCACAUAUAUUCUUUCAUCACAGUUGUCUCUAGGUUGAGCAAGCUUUACGAAAUGCUGGAAGAAAUCUUGUUUGUUCUAAAAUUAAAUUAGUUUGAAGUUUAUAGAAGAUUGAAUGUCAGGCUGGUUGGCCCUAGAGAGGUUGUUAAUUACAAAACUUAACAAAAACUACACGUUAUCUAUUACAACAACAAGGGCAUUUACGAUCCGAUUAUGGAUUUCUGCAGUUAUUUGAUUAUUCAAACUCUCAUGUAAACUGCAUACUCUGAUUCCUCAAAACGGAUUAAGGUUUAAAUACCAGAGAGCUGAGGUUCACUUUAUAAUUGUAUUUCUUCAUUUCGUCAUGUACUGGAGAGUUCUGAGAAUUCUUAGAUUGCUCAGUUUGUGCAUGCAUGAAAACAGAACUUGGUACUGGUCUGUUGUGGCAAAACACUUUCAGAGCGAUGAUUAAUCAGUUUGAAUAAUCUCAUAUUGUGGAUUGAUGGGUUAAAAAACACCAAAAUUUGAGAUUUACAUGCUGUUUACAUCACAUCUCAAACACAUUGAUUGGGUUGCUGAUAAACUCUUUUCUUUUUUUUUUUAUUCUGCAGUAAUUGGAUGCUUGUAAACACACUCACUGUGACUUUUCACAUGCAUAAAAAAUGAUCAACACCCUCCUAACUUUACUUUCCUUGCGCUACUUUGUGUGAUCAUGCACUAUUGUUUCUCAUUUGGCUGAAUAGGGUUUUAGAUGGCAUUCAUUAAAGCUUGUUCAACCUCACAACUACUUUAAAGGAACAAAUUUAAGGGGCAGAGCCUGAUAGGUCAGUGGAAUAUCAACUCAUGAUCAAGUGGGGCUCAACUCCUUAUCAAGGCAUGAUAUCAGUAUUCAGUAAAUCAGUAAAUCUUUCAUAUCUUCACUCUUUGCCUGUAUGUCUGCCUUGUAUGUCCUUGUCCUGUUGAUUCCCAUAAAUUAGGUGGUCAGGCCAGUCUUUCUCAGAACAACAAACACUGUACGUUUACAAGCGCCUAUACACAUGCUCCAGGACCGGCUGAAACAGGCCCUUAUUUUUUUUGUUUGUAGCUUAUGUCUAAUGACGCAUCAAAAAGAUUUUGAUUAGUUGAAUUAGUUAAUAAUGCUUGUGGAAAGAUAAUGCCAUAUAUAUUCCACUGUAGUGUUUUUCAGUUCCAAUCUUAGAGUGCCCUGUUCAGAGCUCAUGUUAGCAUAUUCUCUGUUCCAACACAGCUGUUUCAGCCCAUAAAGAAAUUAAUAAAUAACAUAAAAUUGCACAGCUGUGAUCCAACAGGGGAAGUAGCUAAACUGUGUUUUUAAUUAUUAACAGGCGUACUCCUAAACACUUAAAACACAUAAAAUAUGGCGAAACACCUGCAUUAUCUAUUUGAAUGUUAUAGGCAUCAACUCUGACGCACAUCAAGAAGCAUCAAAUUAUGCUGUCUUAUAUCUAGCUGAAAAAAAAGGGGUCAACCAAAUGUGAUUUAUUUUUGUUGUUAUUUAUUAAUUUAUUUACUUAUGUAUUUUGGUUUACUUAAUUGCUUAAGUGUUAGUUUUCUUUCACAUUUCCUUGCAUAAUCUGAUCGACAUCGCCUAGCUCCUGUAAAAUUGCCUUUUCCAUCAGGUUCUUGGAAGGGAAAGUUUCACCUUCAGUUAUAAUCAUGCAUAUGUUUAGAGAUGUGAUGCUGUUAUUACAUUUAGGCAGCUGAACUGAAGUUACAUGAGCAAGACAUGUCUGUCUAUAGAAACACUCUCUGAAGCCUGCACUCUUUCUGAAAUGUACGUCUAUGAGGUCUGAAAAUGUUACUCGUCAUAAGUUUUCAUUUUGAGUAAUUAUCCAAAAGAAAAUGUAAUGCUUGUGUUUUGUGUUCUUGAAUAAUUGUUUUUUUUAUGUUGUAUAUGCUGUGUGAUUUUGUACAUUUGUGCUUUUAAAAAUAAAAUGGGUAUCAUGAAGGGA